GAACCAGACUUCGGGAUGGUGCUGGUUGGGAGAACUGGAGCUGGGAAGAGUGCAGCAGGAAACACCAUCUUAGGCAGAAGAGACUUUAAAUCUGAAUUAUCUCCAUCCACAGUCACAUCAACAUGUCAGAAGAAAGAAGCAGAGUUGGAUGGUAAACUUCUGGCUGUGGUUGAUACUCCAGGUCUGUUUGACACCAACAAAACUCAAGAGGAGAUCACAGAAGAGAUCCUUUGGUGCAUCUCCUUGUCCUCUCCUGGUCCUCAUGUGUUCCUGGUGGUGAUCCAACCCGGCAGAUUCACCAAAGAAGAACAAGAAACCAUCAAAAUCAUCCAGACCAUUUUUGGAGAACAGGCAGCACAUUACACGAUGGUUCUGUUCACCCAUGGAGACGAUCUGGAGGCUGAAGGAGUCACCAUGGAAGAAUUCAUCAAAAAUGAUGAUCUCUGUGACUUCAUCCGUCAGUGUGGUGGAAGAUAUCACGUCUUCAACAACAGAAACCAGGAUCCCUCUCAGGUCAGAGAGCUGCUGGAGAAGAUCAACACCAUGGUUCAGAGAAAUGGAGAAAGCUUCUACACCAGCGAGAUGUUAGGGGAGGCUGAGAGAGCGAUUCAAGAAGAGAUGAAGCGACUCCUGAGAGAAAAUCCAGAUAUGAAGCCUAAAGAAGCAAGAAGACAGGCUGAGAGAAAAAACAGGUUCAUUCAGGAUGUUCUAGCUGCUCUAGGAGGUGUUGGUGGACCUGCUGUUGGAGCAACUAUUGGUCUUGUAGGGGGUCCAGUUGGAGCGGUAGUUGGAGCUGGUGUGGGACUUGCAGCUGCAGUGGCAGGAAAUAAUUUACACAAAGUUCAGAGGAAGAAACACCAGUCCAGGUACAGGAGGAGCUUCAGACCAGUCCUCCAAGUCCAGACCAGUCCUCCAAGUCCAGACCAGUCCUCAGAGUUCAAAGUCUUCAGAGUUCAUCAAAGUCCUCAGAGUCCAGCAGGAAGAAACACCAGCCCAGAUACAGGAGGAGCUCCGUACAGAGACGGACCAGCAGGACCAGUUCAGACGAGUACUCCAAGUCCUCAGAGUUCUUCAGACGACUCCUCAGUGUCCAGACGAGUCCUCCAAGUUCAUCAGAUGAGUCUUCAGAAUUCAGCUGAGUCUUAUGAGUCCAUCAGUCGAAUCCUCUGA